CGACAGGCGCCACGCGACAUCUAACUUACAAAGGGAGAGAGAGGGUUCGGCGAUGUAUCAAUCGUGAGGAAGAAACGAAUCGGCUGCAGAGAUGAAUGACGACAGCCAGCAGCCAACUUGAGAUGCCCUCCUGACAACCGAAACCCUCACGGCAGACAGAGCCCCCCACUCGUUCAACGAACAAACACCAGACAGACAGACAGACAGGCAAUGAGAGAGGGCGAGCUCACACACACAUCCAUGCAGGAGACCUCACUAUCAACACACACGGGCGGGCGUCCGUCGCUACGCCACAGAAAAACCUCACUCGUAUGCAUCACUCGAGGCCGACAGAUAAAGCCGCCACACAGAUUUCUACAAAUCGUCAGUCGUCAAGUCGUGAUGGAUAAGGCCGACAAGCCGCACACGACGAGAGAAGAGCCUCUUGCCGCAGCACGACAGCCACAAAGACACUCUCUCCUUGGACAAAGAAGGGCGCCAAUGGCCACACACACACACACACGAACACGAGCCCACGGCAGGUCAUAUGACUAAUGGCCGCCAUAACGGCAGCCCAGAGGAAAAAGGCGACGAGAGGAAACGUCCCCUCGUCGCCGCACGGGCCGAUACAUGUAACAACGGCCAGGAGUGGCCGUCAGCAUAUGACACACUCACACCUACACUCACAGCAGACACACAGACAGACAGCCUAGAGGCAAUACACAAAAGACAGGCAACUAGUACGCUCUCCCUCCCUCUCACCCUCCCUCCCUCCCUCCCUCCCUCUCGUGUAUGUGUGUAUGCCUGCGCUUGCAUGUGUGUGUGUGUGUGUGUGUGGAGCUCAAUUACGCGUCUGACUAGACCGAGGGCAGCCCAAUCGACACAACUAACUAGCCACACACAACAUACCAUACCCGCAUACGCACAGGCUGGAUAGUCUACAUCGGGUCACCAGACGACGCCACGCCAUCCAUCCAUCGGCAUGCAAUCGACCAAGACCACAGGCACACGGAACUGUCGUGUCCACUAUAAACCAAAACUGUCGGUUUGCCACUCUUUGGCCAAUGCAGGAUUGCGUCGUGUCUCAACAUCACGUCAGUCACCCGAGGACACCAGACAGACAGUGUGUGUGUGUGUGUGUAUAUAUAUGGAUCACUCGCUCACCGCCCAAUGGAGACAAAUAGCGCCCCGCCUCACACGACACCCACAGGUCAGACUCGACGGCCGCACCAUCCAACACUCGGGCAGCCAGUCAGUCACCGACCCUCUCUCAUAGCCACUCAUGGAAUACACUCUCUCACGGACAACACACAGACAGACAGAGAGCCAAUGAGAAGAAGGCGCUCGCACACACAGAGACGUCAAGACUUGGCCACUCACACAUCACAUCACAUCACAUAGUGCACCACCACAUUGUUGGUUGGACAGGUAAUUUAACAGGUAGGAACGUACUGCACACUGCAUGCAUUAGAGACAUUCACUCAGCAAGUCAGCAAAUCCGAUCUAGAGGAUAACAAACACGGGUAUGCAAGGCAAGCAGCCAGAACACGACCAGCACACACGCACGCACGCACUAAAGCAGCAGCACGCGACCACCACACACCACACACACACACAUGUGCAUCGAGACUUCAAAACACACGCAUGUCGAGGAGGGCCAGACGGACGGACGGACGGACGGACGGACGGACAGGUGUACCACCAGCUGCUAUCGACACAGGAAGGCAGACAGGCAGGAAAGCAAGUUAUCACACGCACACAGCUGCACCCACACACGAACGUCUGUCUGUCUGUCUGUCUGCAAGGAUGAAUAGUCUAAGUAUAUAAACGUACACACAUCCAUGGCCACAUCCAUGUAUGCUGCAGGAUCCAUGCAGGCCUUCCCUUCCCUUCCCCUCUCUCUCUCCCUCCCUCCCUCCCUCUCUCUCUCUCUCCCUCCCUGGCUCUCUGUGGCUUGCCACAAUCCCUCCAUGCAUACCUGCCAAUACAUGUAACACGAAACGACAAACCCCUCUCUGUUGGUUGGUUCUUCCUUCGCGACAAAUGGAAUAACAGACGGCCUAGCCUCUCUAUCGACGAUAUCCACACACUAAAAUCCCAACCCACUCUCUCCCUCCCUCCCUCCCUGUGCGAUGGAUGCGCAUACCCAUACUUACCCGCAACACAUACCACAGAUAGACAGAUACCCGAUUCACCUCACCUGCACAGACGUUGACAUGACAGAUCGUCAAGAGUGAGUGAGUGAGUGAGUGCGUCGUGCCGGUCGGGGUCGGCCGGCGUCAAAACUGUCCUUCUCCCCACAUACCACGGCAAACAAGGAAUCGACAGCCCAUCCUUCUCCCUAUUUCACAUACCAUAGAUACAUGAACGUCAGCCAGUCGUAGAUAGGUCACAUAAGUCACAUCACAUCACAUACCCGCCAGCAAUCCACCCACCCUUGAGCGCGUCAAUCGGUCCGUCACCUUCAUAUGCGGUGCAAAACUCCGUGUGUGCGACCCAUCGAGUACGGUGUCAGCAGCCCGCAACCGCCGACGAUCCACUCCCACUGCCACGGACCAUGGUCGUCGGCGCCUGCUUGGCCGCGGUGGGGCGUCUUUCUUUCGCCAUCGAGUCACACCGGGAGUCGGCCGCCGCCGCCGCCGCAGCAGCAGGGGGCAGCUCCAGUGGCGGGAGUGGACGGGGCGGGGCGAGCGCCGCUCUGAAGAACAUAACACACGCGAGAAACACACACACACACACACACAUACAGAGAGAGAGAGAGAGAUGCAUGUGGGUGUGUGGUGCAUGUGUCUUCGUGUGGUGCUUCCUUCCUCGCUGACCUGACGGAGUUGAACCAGUAGUGGCCGAGUGCCUCUUCGGCGGUGGGCCGCUCCUGCGGGUCGAGCUUGAUGAGGUGCUUGAGCAGGUCCAUGCCGGCCGGCGACAUCCUCCUGUUGACGGCCGACACGAAAUCGCUGCCGAACGACUGGAAGAACUGCUCGAUCCCGUUCGUCAUCAGGUACCUGCACACACACACACACACACACACAUAUCGACAGAGACAGACAGAUAGCUGCACCAUGUAUGGGAGCUUGGCUUACCGGAACUUGACGGCCUCUGUGUCAAACGGGUUGGUGCGCUCGAUCAUGUAGUUCCUGGAGAGCGGCACCGUCAGGAGGUGGAAAAGGCUCAUGCCCACCGAGAAGAUGUCGGCCUGGACACAUACGUCCACGAACCCAUCACUCCCUCUCCUUCUCCCCCCCUCUCUCUGUGCGUGUCUUCACGUACCUUUGGACCGUCGUAUGGCGUGUUGGUCCACAUGACAGGAUCCCGGUACAUUGCCUUGCCACGGCUGCCCCCAGGGAUGGGCAGAUAGGGCGACUCCCCAGGCCCUGCAGUUGGGUUGGGUCUCAGCCGCUGCGCAUGGCCAAAGUCGAUCAGGAUGGCGCAGUUCUGGCUGGGCGGGCAGUUGUGGCGCAUCAGCACGUUCUCGACCGACAAGUCCAGGUGCACAAUGCCAUAGUGGUGGAUGAAUCGCACGCCCUCCAGGAUCUGGUAGAUGAGGCGCUUGAGGGUCUCCUCGGGCACCUGUGGCUUCGACUUGAGGAACUGGAACAUGUCCCCGCCCUCAGCGAACUCGCUGACGAAGAAGUAACUCUUUAGGUUCCGCCCACAGUCGAUCCACGUGGCGAUGUUGGCGGCCGGCCCGUUGAGCAUCGUCAGGUACCGAAGGCAGCCCGUGUCGCCCAGAGGCUGCUCCGGGUCGCGAGUGUCCGGCGCCUUCUCGACGAACUCCUUGGGUACGACCUUGACGGCGAAAGACGGGCAGACGUCACCUGCCGUCGCCUGCCUUCCCUCCUGCCGUUGCCUACCUUGACGGCCACAUGCUUCUUCUCCUUGUGGUCGUAGCAGCAGUAGACGUGACCCCUGUUUGCCUUCGCGGCACACACGUGGCGCACGAACUCGUACCGCCCCUGGCCCGUUUGGCUGUCGUACCCCUGCCAGGGGCGGACGAUGGCGUAGUCGGAGAGCUCCCAGGGGUGGCCCAGGAACCAGGGCAGGUCGUCCAUCCGCUGGUCGUACUGCAGACGCUGGGCGGGAGGCGCGAACGACUCGCCCAGCAACAUCUGCACGUAACACUCACACGCGAAGAUGCAUUUUGCGCUCGAGUGCUUGCGUGUAUGUGCAUUUGUACACGUGUGGUUGCUCAGCUCACUUGUUCCGUGUGGCCCGGCAAAAAGGGGAGGGAGGUGGGAGGGGAAGGGGGAGGGGAUUGCUCGUUCUGUUCGUCGUCAGUGGGAAGCCCUGCUCGUCGUCACCACAGCGCCCGCUUAUGUCCUGUCAGACAGGCAGACAGGCCUGCAGACAGGCCGCUCACAGCCUGACGCAGAUCAGAUCAGAUCACAGAGGGGUACUCGUCGCUUCACUUCCG